AUGGAAGGAGAAGCUGUCGCCGCCGUCAUUAAAGUUUUAGUUCAAAACCUCAUCGACCAUUCCAAGAAAGAGAUCUCACUGAUUCGAGGUCUCGACAAAGAAGCAGAAAAGCUAGCUGGGAGUUUAGAUACGAUCCAGCAAUUGUUGAACGAUGCUGAGAGCCGUACCAUUCCCGGUGGAGCUGUCAAAAGCUGGCUGAGGAAACUCGAAGAUGUGGCCUUCGAUGCUGACAAUGUUUUGGAUGAACUCAACUAUCAUCACCUCUCCAAACAAAUCAAGCCCAUGAUGCCCACCAAGCCCAUGAAAGAAAAGGUACUCUCAUGCUUCUCAUCUUUGAGUCAUAUUGCGCAUCCCAGAAAUAUAGCUCUUAAAAUCCAAGAAAUCAAUGAGAAUUUGGAGUCCAUUUACAAAGAGGGAGCUGGGCUUGGUCUGAAAGAGACUCUUGCCACCAAUGUGCCAACUUUGCCUACUUUUGAAACCGAUUCCUUCUCACAUGAUCCAAUUUUCAUUGGAAGAGAUGAGUUGUUGUCGGAAAUAGUUGAGGUUAUUAACACCGGUACGACAACUAAUGAACGUGUAGUUUCUAUCUUUGCCAUUGUUGGAAUGGGAGGAAUGGGGAAGACAACCUUGACUAGGAAUGUCUUCCAUCAUCCAAAGAUAAAAACUCACUUUGGAUCACAUAUUUGGGUUCAUGUCUCUCAAAUUUUUGAUCCAAUCAUUCUUUUCAAGAAAAUCCUUAAGGAGUUGCCUUCUUCUGAUCAAGUUGAAACUGAGAGUAGCCAAGAUAUUCUCGAUAACACUUCUUCUGAUCAAGAAGAAGUACAGAGUAGGCAAGAUUUUCUCAAAAAGAAUUCUUUUGGUCAAGUUGAUUUUGAGAGUAGGCAAGAUUUUGUGAAAAAGAAUUCACAUGAUCAAGUUGAGGUUGACAGUAGGCAAGAUAUUCUGAAAAGGCUUCAAAAGGUUUUAAAAGAUAAAACUUAUUUUCUUAUUCUUGAUGAUGUUUGGAAUGAUGAUCGUCCCAAAUGGGAUGAUUUUAUCAAUUCUUUGAUUGGCAUUACUUCUGUCAAGGGAAAUGCGAUUUUAGUUACCACCAGAAAUAUGGAAGUCGUUUCAACUAUGCAAUCACUUCAUACACAUGAGCUCAAAGGGUUAUCACAUGAAGAUUGUUGGUCAAUAAUUAAAGCAAAAACUUUUGGAAAAGAGGAUAUUCCAUUAGAGUUUGAGGCCAUAGGGAGGAAGAUUGCAACAAGAUGUCAAGGUUUGCCAUUAGCUGCUAGUGUAGUUGGUGGAGCAUUAUGCAAUAAAUCGGAAGAAGAAUGGCUCUCGAUCGAAGAUAAAUGGCUUUCUCAUGAUGAAGGGGAUCAUAUCACAAAGAUAUUGAAGUUGAGCUUUGAUAAUUUGUCUCUACCGUCACUAAAGAAGUGUUUUGCAUGUUGUUCGGUGUUUCCUAAAGGUCGCAAAAUCAAAAGUCAGGAACUAAUUGAGUAUUGGAUGGCAGAAGGAUUUCUUGAAGCUAAUGGAAGCAUUGAGAUGGAGUGCUUAGGCGACAAAUUUAUAAAAAUUCUUCUGCACAACUCUCUCCUACAAGUUGCAGAAAGAGAUGAUUAUGGAAGUGUAGAGAGUUGUGCGAUGCACGAUCUUGUGCAUGAUCUCGCAUGUUCAAUUUCAGGUUCUUCAAAUAAUACAGAAGGCGGGAGCCGUGUGAGAUACAUGAUUCAUGAUGAAGAAAGUCGAAUUCCAAAAGAAGUGGCAAAAUAUUUGCGGACAUUAUUGUUCGAGGGACACAUUUAUCGUAACAAGUUUGCUGAUUUCGAGCGUCUACAUGUUCUAGUUCUUGCAGAUGAUUGGUGUAGUAUGUUGCCAAGUUCGAUACGAAAGUUGAUACAUUUAAGGAAACUUGAUAUAUCGGCGACAUAUAUCAAAUAUUUGCCAAAUUGGAUUGGUGACUUCCAUAAGUUGCAAACAUUAAACGCACGUUCAAGAAGAUUGAAGAAACUGCCUAGUACUCUUAAGUAUUUGACUAACUUGAGACAUCUUUACAUUGCUUGGUAUGUAGAGUUGCCUGCUGAGAUUGGGAGAUUAACUUCUCUCCAAACACUAGAGUAUUUUAAUGUUGGUGACAAAGAUGGAUGGAAAAUCGAAGAACUCGGAAGUUUGAAUGGUCUCAAAGGAAGCCUUGUAAUUUCUAAGCUUGAAAGGGUUACUAGCAAGGAUGAGGCUGAGAAAGCAAGUCUAUCCCACAAGUCAAAAAUAUUGGAUUUGCGUUUGAGAUGGGAUCAAGAUAGAGAAGUUGAAGCUACAAAUGAUGAGGAUGUGUUGGAAGGCCUCCAACCUCACUCUAAUCUGAAGAAGUUAGAGAUUGAAGGGUUCAAGGGAAAAAGAUUUCCAUCCUGGACGCGAAAUAUGGUAAUUGAAAAUAUGGUAGCACUUAACAAGUUGAUUGAGAUAAAGCUCUCCAAGUGCUCAGAAUGUGAAGAAAUCCCAAUGUUUGGGCAGUUGCCAAAUCUCAAGUUUCUCUGGUUAGAAGGAUUGACAAACGUGCAGUCCAUAAAUUCAUCAUUCUAUGGAUUAGUGAAUGAGGAGACACGUAUUGUUUUUCCAGCUAUAGAAAGGCUCGUGUUGGUUGAAAUGCCUAAGCUUACGGAGUGGGAAGAAGUAGAAUCUGCAGGUGCAAGUGAUGUGAAGGUAUUUCCUAACCUCCAACACUUGGAGAUCUCUCAGUGCAAACAAUUGAUGAUUUUUCCUAAUCAUUCGUGGCCAUGCCUCAAAAGUUUGAGAAUCAGGGAGACUGGGAGCAUACCUUUAACAUACAUAUUCAAGACGAAAUUAAAGUUGCUAUCAGGGCUUUGGAUAGAAGGAAUAGAUGAUCUGAAAUAUCUCCCAAAUUGGCUAUUCUAUAACAAUCCCAAUCUCUUGGAGUUACGUCUAAGAAAGUGUUGCAAUUUGAGAGAAUUACCAGAUGGUCUAGGCACCCUCAAUUCUUUGGAGAAGUUGAUUAUAAGCGACUGUCCAAAUUUGGAACGAGUAGCAGGUAUUGGUGCACAACAUUCACAAGGAAGCCUCACAUGUCUUAAAAGGUUGGAGAUUUGUGAAUGCAAAGCUUUGCUGUAUAUUCCAUGUGAAGUGAUAGGAUCCUUGCUUGAGGAACUGCAGUUGGAGAAUUUAAGUAGCCUAAAGAAUCUACCCGAAAUAAUUGACCGUCUGCCGAAAUUGCCUCGUCUAACACGUUUAGAUAUUAUUGGUGUUUCUCGAUUGGGGGGCCGUUCUUGUAAUCAUGAUUUAUAUAUAGAUGCUAGUAUGGGGGGAUCUAUGGAGACCGUUGAUGGCUUAUUGCAAGGAUGCUACUCCCACUCAGUUAACCAAUUACAAUUGAAAGGGAGGGAAGCUUGGGGAAAUUUGCCAGAAUCAACUCAACAUCUCUCCUCACUUUAUUUUUUAAGCAUAGAGAAUUAUGGAAUGGAAGAGUUGCCUGAAUGGUUGGGGAACCUCUCAUCUCUAAGGGUAUUGUGGUUAUAUGAUUGCAAGAAGUUAAGGAGUCUACAUGCACUGCGGGGCCUCACAUCACUUCAACACUUAUAUAUUAGGGGCUGCCCAGAAAUAAGUGGUAUUGAACAACAGAGUGAUGCAGCUGAUUCCCAAUGGCCCAACAUUUCCCAUAUCCGCAACAUCUAUAUUGAUGAAGAGAUAAUAAGUGAGUAUGAAUACAUAUUCUUGUUUCCUUUUUGUAGAAACAGUUACAUGCCUAUUUCCUCACCGCCACAUUAUAUAGACUUUCAGUGA